ACAUGCAUUUUAUAUUUUAUUAUCACCAAAAUCUGAAGUUUUACUUGAUCAAUAUAAUACAAAUAAUAAUGAUCCAAAUAAUCCUUGGAAGUUAACACCUAGUUAUGGUCAAAUAAUUGAUGGAAAUAUAAACUCCAACCCACUCAUGAUUCAAAUACCUGAUGAAAAUACAAACAUGUUUAUAGAUAUUAGAACAUCUCUUUUUGCUAUGUAUUUAUUUUUAACAGGUGAUUCAAGUGCAUUAUCCAAUUGGUCUUAUACAAACAAUCCAUCUAUUGCAGUAUUAGUUGUUUUAUUUUCCCUCUUAAUUGUUGUAUAUCUUAUGAACUUGUUAAUAGGAUUACUCAAUAUUGCAAUUGAAGAAGAUAAUAAUAGAGUAUCAUAUUUGAUACAGAAAGCAGAAAUUUUGGCUGAGAUUGAAUUAUUUUAUCUAUUACCACAUCAGAGACGUUGGCAAACAUGGUUUCCUGAAGUAAUACAUUAUUAUGCCGAUGCUGAUAAGACUCGAAAAGAAAUUGAAAGAUUGAUUGAAAAGGGUGAAUGGGAUACUAAGGAACAGGAAUUCGCGGAGAUGCGGAAAAAUUUAUUGGACAAACUUCAAAUUAAACAUGACCCUAUUGACAAUAAGGUAAUAUUAAAGAAAUUAGAUAAGUUAGAAGAAUUAGAAAAAACUUAUGGUAAGACAUUAGAUAAGUUAGAGAAUUUAGAGAAAUCAGAUAAAGAAAAAUUAGAGAAAUUGGAGAAAUUGGAGAAAUUAUUGGAGGAAAUACGUGCAAAAUAAUUUUAAUAUUAUAA